AUGCCGCCAAGUAAUACGGAUCAGUACAACGAGGAACCUUAUGGGCAGGACAUCGAACUCGAAUCCGUGGGAUCGCUGGACGAGGCAGAUAGCACCAAGCAUGAGCUCCCAGUUAACGCAGCCGGGGACGUACCCAAAGGACUAGUCUUCCUACUGCAUCGUGCACGCAAAGGCAAGGAUGGACAGCAAGCUUCUGGGUUGGCGUUCUCUUGUGAGAAAGACGGCGAACGGCAACAAAUCCUCUUCGCGCAAUCGCAAGGCUGGAUCGCUAAAGCCUCGAGAGAGGAGAUUGUCUUCAAGCAGGGGAACUCCCAGGGUUCUGUUGUAGGCAGCGUGAACUUCCACCACUGGCUGGUCGAUCAGAGCAAAGCCGUCGUGGUUGAGGACUCGCAAGGAAACGAGUGGAAUUUGAAAAGGACGGGGCUUGGAUCCUCACACUCCUUUGAACGUGAUGGCAAAAAGCUGUUUUGGCGUCGCGCACACGGUGCUGGCGAAGGACGGAGCAAAACGAAACGGCAUCUAGAAUGUGUCGACGAGAACGAGACAGUCUACGCAUUCUACGACAGAGGCAAAUGCUUUAGUGCAGGGCCAGACAGGGAGGUGGGACGAUUGGAGGUUCGGGUGGAGGGCUUGAGCCUAGAAUUCGCCUCGAUACUGUUGAUGACGCUCGCGGCAAUGUACGUGAAGCUGCAGAAACGGAUAGUGCAAGGUAGUCAAGCUGGUUGGGGAGGAGGACUAGGGGCGGCAGUGCUAUACAUAGUUGGCGGUUAG